GAGAUGUUUUGACAGGAUUUAAUCACCUGGGUUACACACAGGUGCCAUGGCAACCUUUAAAGCCUUUGAAGUUUUGUGACCUCAAAGCGAAAGAACAUUGUAGGUUUAAGUUAGUACACUACAUUUAACAGAUCAACUAGACAAGCACUUGUGAAAUCUAGCAGUUAAAAGAGAUAAUCUACUUUAUUUUCCAUUGUAGAUCCGCGGCGUCACCGUCCACAUCUUCACUGACAAAUACACACAACAGAGACCAAACAGCAGACCCCAUGGACAAGUACGAAAUAAUAGAGACCAUCGGGGAGGGCGUUUACGGGGAGGUCAUGAAAUGCCUCAAUAAACAAACGGGGCAAAUCGUGGCUUUAAAAAAGGUCAAAGCGUCCGAUGGAGUAGAUGACGUGGUAAACCAAGAGAUUUCAAUGCUCAAAGCAAUCAGACAUUUCGACCCGGAUAAAUGUAACUUCAUCCGGUUUCAUAAUCACGUUCAAUCUGUUGUGGUGGAGCACUACUUAGAGUUUGAGAUGCUGGACCAGAGCGUCUGGGACCUCAUGGUGAAGCGACACUACGCGGGGUUUUCGUUGAGCGAGGUCCGCACCAUGGCCAGACAGCUCCUAGUCGCAUUAGACAGUCUGCGCAGCAUUGGGGUCAUUCAUACCGAUAUUAAGCCGGACAAUAUCAUGUUAGUGGAUCACACGAAGAAGCCGUUUAAGCUCAAGCUAAUCGACUUCGGGUUGGCGAUCCACAAAGAGACAGUGGAAUUAGGCUGGAACAUCCAGGCCCGAUUGUACAGAGCCCCAGAGGUCAUUUUGUGCCAACCGCUGACUGAAGCAGUAGACAUGUGGAGUCUGGGGGUCUGUCUCCUGGAAUUGUAUCUGGGUGAUGUACCUUUUUGCUCGCAAUCGCCAUACGAUCACAUCAGGCAAAUUACGCAUCUCCUCGGAGUUCCUGAUGCUCAGACGAUAGAACAGGCUGAGCGAGGGACCAUCUUCUUUAAACAGGAGAGUGAUGGCGAGUGGAAACUAAAAACGCCACAAGAAUUUGCAUGGUCGACACGUAAGGUUCCUAAAAUGGGAAUGAGUCCACUAGAGGCGGCGAGUGAUCUAACACACGGCAUCUUAGAUUAUUAUACGGUUGAAUCGUGGAUCGAGUUCAACGACAGGGUUGCUUAUGCGGAUUUAAUCACGAAAAUGCUAUGCGUUAAUUCCGCAAACAGAAUGAGUCCGGCUGGCGCUCUCCAGCACCCCUUUAUCACCAUGCAACAUUUUAGCGGCUACCUUAACAACGCCCUAAACCUGAUGACAUGUCAGCCCUGCGCGAGUUCUGAGUCAGACAUGGCAGCGCACGAGCGAGAUAAUCACGUUAUAACUCCCAUGCCCCCUCCCUGCGCCGACCAGAACUCCCAGUGUCACGCUAGAACGUCAGAAGGAGAAAUCUGGUGUGGUACAGACGAUAUACAUGAUCCUGUAAACCACGCUGAAAGUAACGAUCUGCGACUAGAUUCUAAAAUUGAACCUAAUGAGGAGGAUUCUACAGUUGAAAUUGGGCAGUUACAGUUGACCGAUUUAUACUCAACUUCUUCAGAAUCAGGAGAAGAAGCUGAAAGUUCAAACGAAGAGUUGGCUUUCUGUUCUUCUCCUAUAGAAACCUAUCUGGGAACCCUGUUAGGAACAGAUGAGUCGGGCUUUGAGCCGUCAGUCGCUCUAUGUUCUCCCACAAUACAUACUGUUGCUGACGAGCCAACUACAAGCCCACAAUCUACGAACAACGCAAUUUUAGAGGAGACUGUGGUCGACCAGCCUUCAGUAAGAAAGAGUCUUGCAACGCUCUUAUUACCUGAAGAGCCGGGCUUUGUACCAUCAGUUGUUCUGUAUCCUCCUAUGACCUGUACAACGGAUACAUCCCAAAUGUCUACUGUCAUAAUCUGGCCUCCCACAAAUCCAGUAACAUCAACAGGGGAACCAAACAUCUGCAAUGAUCAAACUGCGAUCCAAGAAGCAGUAAUCGUUUGGGAUGAACCAAAGGAGGAAAACCUUCUGUGUACUUCUUGUUGCUUAAGUCUCUUUGAACCAGUGUUAAACUUCUUCACGUCCCCAUUCUGUCUGUUUUCGGGGGGAAAUAAAAAAAGAGGGGGGAAAAUCCAGGAUGUUUAAGACCUGGGGUAAUGUGAGGGAGUUUCUUGUGAGUUAAAUCACUGAACGGAACAUUAGCCAAGGAAUGUGAAGUUCUUUUGAGAAGGUUUGUUCAGGGUAAAUACCCAGAAGAAAACUCACUUUGCUCCACCUUAGAUUCUUCCCUUUCCUUUUGAUUCUCUGGAGUUUUGGAUGCAAGGAAACACAUUAUAAUGGUGUGUCCCAAACUUUAACUACU